GAGGCGCCAGUGUUUACUGUGGCACAGGAAGACGAUCAGCUGUCAACAUAAAGCUAGCGAGUACUGGAAAUCGGUUGUGUUUUUGAACUGUUAAAUAAAAUGACGUCCUUAUUUGAUCAGCUGAAACUCCUGUUUGAUCAACAGUUGUAUUCAAAUGUUGCUGCUUUGGCAAACCUUGUCAUCACUGUUAGUGAACAUAAUCAAGAAACAUUAUCACCACCAGCCAAGUUUCAAACCUAUGUGUUCUACGGAGAUUCGCUGUUUCAUUUGGGACAGUAUCGUAAAGCUGAAAUGAUGUAUAAGAAAGCUUUACAGUUCAAAAAAUCUCUUUUGAAAUCAAAAGGCACAACAAAACUCCAGGACAACCAGAAGGAAUUAAUGCCUGAUAUUGAUAUAAAGUACCAGAUGCAUCUUUGUCACGUUAAUCUGAAACAAAAUCACCAAGCAAUAGGUGUUUUGCAGAGUAUACCUGGUAAACAACGAAAUGCAAAAAUCAACAUGGCUUUGGCAAAACUGUAUCAGCAAGGAGGAAUGGAGCGUUCUGCCAUAACAGCUUACAAGGAAGUUCUUAGGGAGUGUCCACUGGCCCUCGAAGCUGCAGAAGGACUGCUGAGCCUUGGAGUAAAAGGCAUUGAAGUCAAUUCACUUGUUCUUGAAGCAGCAUCGGGUGUAAGCAGUGACUGGUUAAAUUCCUGGAUAAAAGCUCACGCUCAGAUGCACAGUCGUGAGUACACACAAGCUAUUGCAACAUUUCGCCAUCUGGAUGAACGAUCUGCACUUCGUGAUAAUGUUAAUCUACUAGUCACAAUGGGAGAAUGCUAUUAUUAUUGUGGAGACUUCAAAAAUGCACUUAUUGUUCUUCAGAGGGCUUAUGGAAUAGACCCAUAUAUGCAACGUGGCCUUGAAAUUUAUGCAGGGCUGCUAGCCAAGGAACGGAAGUUUAAAGAACUUGAAAAAAUAAUCUCACCAAAUAUAAAUAUAUCUGAAUAUGGCCCAGAACACUGGAUAGCAAUGGCAUACUACUUUUAUGCUUCACGGAAGAAUUCAAAGGCCAUAUAUUUUGCCCACAAAGCAUGCACUCAGAACCCACGUAAUGUCCAAGCACUUAUUCUGAAAGGUGCUAUACUUAUGGAUCUUAAGAAAUACACGGAAGCAAUUGUACAUUUUAGAGAGGCAAUGCAGUUGAGUCCGUAUCGAUAUGAACCUCAUCGAGGACUCGUUGAUUGCUAUGUACUUAUGCACAGAUUGCGAGAGGCUUUAACAAUGGCAAGCAGUGCAUGCAAACAGCUUGGCCAAACACCGAGAGCUUUGACAUUGUAUGCAUCUGUGCUAAUGAAGGAUCCUGUUACGGUGUGCAAAGCUAAAACGUACUUGGAAAAAGCCUUGGCACAAGAUGAGACAUACUUAUCUGCAGUGUAUUUGCUCGCUGAAAUAUAUGAACAGGAAAUGACACUGGAGGCUGCAAUUGCACUUCUUGAACGACAAGUACAGAUACAGCCAACUUGCAGACUGCACCAAAUGCUCGGAGAUCUUCUGGCGAGAGUCCACGAAGAGGAACGAGCCCUCGAUCACUAUAGUAUAGCACUGAACCUAGAUCCAGGCAAUCGAAGAGCAUUGGAAGGACUUCACAGGAUUGACAAUAAUACAAGCAAAAUUGACAAUUCCUAUUAUAUGAUGGCAGCUGGUGAAGAUGAAGGGGGUGACACUACCUAUGAGCGCAUUGCUGAUUCAGAAAAUGAAGCAGAACCUGAUGAGAGUGAGACUGAAGCUGUGUGGUCAGACAUGGAUCUUGACUUGAGCAGCCAGUGAAUAUACAUUACACUGAUUGGAGCAAUCAUGCAGAUACAAUCAGUGGAAAAGACUGAAAUUUAGAAAUGUAGAGGAGGGGGUGGGGGAUUUCGUGCACUACUUCGAAUUAUUGUUUCGAACAUGUUUUUUCUUUCCUCAACGACUUGUUACAUCAAAAAGUAAAUAGUGACUGAAACACAUGUUCAUUCAUAUGCCAUGUGCUGACAGAAAUGUUGCUUUUAGUGAGAUUAAAAUGUGUUUUUAUAAUGUUCGACUGUUAUGUUGUAUGAACUGAGUGUGAGGUAUAGAGGAGAAAACUUUUUAUAUUUAUAUUGUGAUGAAAUCUAAUUCCUGAUUUGCAUGUAUAUGUCAUGUUUUUGUUAUGAUAACAUUGUUAAUAAGACAUAUUUUUAGAAUAUGCAUGUGUUUCUCAUUUUGUAUAAUAUGAACAUGCUAUCUGUAUUUGUCCCAUACCUGUAUGAUUUUGAUGUGGAGGUUGGUGGUGGGGGGGAGGAGGGUUGUACUCUGGAUUCCUACAAUCCUGCUGGCUUCCUAAUUCUCUCUGGUAAGUGCAUAAUUUUAAAGCUCUGUUAAAAGAUUGUGACAGCAUGUGAAUUAAAUUAAUUGGGUUUUAACAACAAUAAAAGGCAAAAAAAUUAUUUCCUUGUCUUAGGUUCAGAGUUGGUGGUCUGUAUUCUAGGAGCAAUUUAAAAUGAAAUUGAAACCAUACUUUACCAGCCAUUCCUUGUAUAAAUCAUCUAGUGACUAAGCAAAUAUUGCUGGUGGCUGAUUUAGAAGAAAUGUGUGUGUGUGUGUGUGUGUGUGUGUGUGUGUGUGUGUGUGUGUGUGUGUUGCACCAGAGCUACAAUUUACUCAUUUUAUGUGACAUGUUCUACAUCAGACAGAGAGGACAGUAAUUAAUACAAGAUAGAAAGAACAUAUAAACUAUAACCUUUACAUAUUUAGUAUGCAUUUUAGAGAAAAAUGACACCCUACAGUAGACGUGGGCAGUAAUAAUUCAGUUUCUCAUAGAGUGGAAAAUCUUAGCUAUAUUAAUGUUCUAGAGGAGAUACAGAUCUAUACAGAUUUGGUGAAAAAUCCAAGUAGCAUUUUAAAUAACAAACCAAACUUCAAGAAAAUUUUUCUGAGUAUUAAGUUAUCCAAAACAAGAGGUAACCCUAAAUUUUAUAUUUAAUGAAAACAGAAUUUUAUCAAGGAUGAUGAAGUGUAAUUACAGAUUGUAUAUCUGAUACAUAAAUAGAUCAAUAACAUGGAAGUUGAGCAGCUACAUCAUAAAUAUGAGAAAGCAAAAUGUUAUAAUUCACAAUUAAUUUUGUGCACUACUUGAAAAUGAACCACACUCAGUAGUGGAAUAAUAAAAUAACAUCAAAAACAAUAAAUUGCGGCUCUGCUGGAAUACCCAUGUAAAAAAUUUGUUUGAUUUAAGGAAGAAUGUUUGUUGUAAACAGGAUUCUGUGCAAAUGUUAAACAAGUAUUGUUUUCUGAUAAGUGUGGAUACACCAACUGUGUACAAAAUUGUGGCUUUCCUGUUAAUUUUACUAUAUUGAACAUAACU